AUGACAUUACAGACUGCGUGGUUGCUUGCAACUCUAGGCUCAAAGGCAUCCUCGAGGAGCAAAAUCAUCAAGAGAGAAGAUGUGUUGCAAACACUGAUACCUAAGUUGUGCAAUGACUUGGUUGAGCAAAAGCAGUGCAACAUCAAAUACUCAUCACAUAUCCUCUAUGGUAUUUCAAUAUUAUAUACAACGAAAAUUUCGUAUUACCUCAAUGAUGUGAAUUAUAUGCAGUUGAGAUUACAAAAUGCUCAAAGGAGCCUAAAAUGUGUAAAAAACGCCGGUAAUCUUGGCAAUGGUUGUGUUAAUGAUGGUUUGGAAAACUCAACGACAUCUUUCAAGAGAAAGCGACAAGCAUAUAUGGAAGAAGACCCUGCUUUUUUGGUUCAGUUAGAUCUCAUGCCUAGCUUGCAAUUUGAUUUCGAUUUCGAUUUCGAUUUUGAAUCCAAGUUGAAUGUGAAUGAUCCUGCCGCUUUUCUUGCAAAGAGACGUAAAGUAGAAAUAGCAGAACGAGAUAAACUUGAUUUUCCAUUAUUUGUAAAUACAAAUUAUGGAUAUGACAGUGUAGUUGGUAAAGGUUUGGCGUUUGCUUUAUUGGGAAACGAACCGGUGCAAGAGGUGGAAAAAUACUUGGACACGCCACUUCAAGACUUUAGCAAUAGCAAGGAUGAUUUGGAAGUAGCACCACAUAUCAAUUUGGAGUUUGAUGAAGAUGGCCAUUUGCAAGAAAUAUUGCCAAAUACAUCUGGUUCUUUCUCAAAUAAAGACAAAUGGGAGGGGUUAGACAUUGGAGAUAUUGCUCCAUAUGAUGAUUACCAUAUUGAAACUAACCAGAAAGGAAAUACAAGUAAUGCCCAAUUAGAUCCGGAUUUUCAAAUGCUUAAUUCCAUAGAUACGAAUCGAGCUAGUCACAUUAAUGACUUCGAGGUUUCUAAAGUUCAAGAACAAAGUUUUAAGCUAAAAGUAGAUGAAGUUCCUUUCAUCACUAGACAGGAUGUUGUUGAAAAUUAUACUCAUUAUAUUCCUACGAUGAUUCGUAGAAAAUUAAAAGCAUCGACUCACACGGCAAAGGAUAUUUUUGAAGCUGUGGACAAGUCCUCGAUUUGUCUUAAGUUUCAACAGAAGUCUCUUAAUUUGAACAUCAACUCGAUAAUCGAUGAUACAUUAUCGAGGACUAUUGAAGUGCAGCAACGUACUGAAAUUAUGGCGAAUGAAGCUUCAGAACAAGCCAGAAAUGUUGAGGCACAAGAACCAUCAGAAUUUAGGCGGUAUAUGUACAAUGGUGGAAACAAUGAAGAUAGUGAUAACGAUAGCGAAGAUAUCAAUAAUGGUUUGCAAUUUGAUGAUGUUCUACGUGAUCGUGAAAGAGAAGGCGAAAGAGAAGGCGAAAGAGAAGGAGAAGGAGAAGGAAGACUUAGUGUUAGUGCUAGUGCUGGUGGUAGUGGUGUUAAUGUUAUGGAUAGUUAUGGUGGGAACUUUGGCGAAAACUCAUUUGGUAACGAUAUCCAUUUAGAAGGUGUUCUGGUCAUGGAUGAAGAACAACAUGACUCUGACGUAUCCAUCCGUAUAGAUGAAGUUGAUUACAAUUACUCACGAGGAUCCAUGUCGUCCAGUGAGGAUUAUCACAACAAUAGCAUCAACACUAAUAUGGCACCUCGUUUGAAGCAUUUUGUCAAAUACUUUAUCAACAAGCUGAGGGAGAUGCGUACCCAUGACUCAAGUUCCAAUAUUUGCCGGUUGCAGUUUCUGGAUUUAGCACCAUUGCCGGAAAAUGAAACUAAAGGAACGAAUGUAGCCCCACUUUGUCAAGGAGUUCCCAAAAAGUUGGCUACCAAUGUAUUUGCCAGUUUAUUGGUGCUUGCCAAUAAUGGUAUAAUGCAAAUUGGGGUCGAUACGAGUAAAAGAGGUACUUAUGAUUUAAACAAGCCCAGUGGUAUCAACCUCAAAAUGGUUGUCCCCUGA